GCAGAGCAGAGCGAGCGAGUGAGUGCAGCUCAGUUGCGCCCGUGCGUACGACACGGAACUUUGUCGCUGCUGAGAACACGGCGUGCGGUAGCGGUGGUGGUUGGUGGGGUGUGCGGAGAGGGAGUGCCUACGGAAUCCUGAUGAUUCGCAAUGAAGGCGAGGCACGCGGCGGUGGUGUUGCUGGCGGUGGUUGUUGGUGCUCUCCCCCUCUGCUCCCCAAUUCCUUUCGCCUCUCUUUCGCGUUCUCUGUUUUAUAGCUUAACCUCUCUCCACUCUCUCCACUCUAAUCGACUCCCCGGUCACUAUCAUUUAUCUCUUUCCUACUCGACCUCAUCUCUCUCUCUUUCCACUCUGCUCCAUCUUUCUGCCGUUUCCUCCGCGCUCCGCUCACACCGCUCACUCCCUUCACCCUGAACAAUCCGUUACCUUCACCCUGAACAAUCCGUGACCUUCACCCUGAACAAUCCUCUAUCUACACCCUGAACCCUCCUCUACCUACACCCUGAACCCUCCGCUACCUACACCCUGAACACUCCUCUAACUACACCCUGAACACUCCUCUAACUACACCCUGAACCCUCCUCCACCUACACCCUGAACCCUCCACUACCUAUACCCUGAACCCUCCGCCACCUACACCCUGAACCCUCCUCCACCUACACCCUGAACCCUCCGCUACCUACACCCUGAACCCUUCUCUACCUACACCCUGAACCCUCCUCUACCUACACCCUGAAUCCUCUUCUACCUACACCCUGAACCCUCCUCCACCUACACCCUGAACCCUCCUCCACCUACACCCUGAACCCUCCGCUACCUACACCCUGAACCCUCCUCUAACUACACCCUGAACCCUCCGCUACCUACACCCUGAACCCUCCUCUACCUACACCCUGAACCCUCCGCUCCCUUCACUCCGAACUCUCCGCUGAACUCGCCCUUCUCCGAUCUGCCAUCUCGCCGCGCGCUCUGCUAUCUCCUCUCUCGAACCAAUUGUAAAUCUCUCCCUCUCUGUCCCUCUCUUCCUAUCUCAUCUCUCAUCUCUCCCUACUCUCGUCUCGUGCAUCCCACGCCAUUCUCUCCAGUCGUGUCUCAUCUCACUCACCUCCUCUCCGCAUCUCUCUCUCUCUAUCUUCCACUUCCUCCAACUCCCUUUCAAUAAUCUUCUCACUCCUCUACGCAUUUCUCUCACCAAUCUCACAUACACUAUUCUCCCUACGUAUCUCUCUCAUAUCACUCCGCUACUCUCCCUCCCCCCUCUCUCCAUCUCUCCCCCCUCUCUCUCUCCCCCCUCGUCCACGCUCCCCUUCACUCUCCCAUAUCUCCCCUCUCUCCUCCUCCGCUCACCUCCACAUCCUCACAUCUCUCUCUGUCUCUCUCUCUCUCUAACAUCACUCUCCCCAUUUCUCAAUAUCAACACUCUAUCCCUCUCUCUCUCUCUCUCCCAACAACAACAACAACCACCAACCACCACCGCAACUCCAUCGCUCGUUCGCUCUCCGCGAGGCUCGCAGUCAUGCGGAGCCGCUGGCCCUGCCCCCGCAGCUGCCCUCCCGAGGCGAGCCAUGCUGCCCUUUAGCGGCCGCGCCGACUCACUGCCCCUGCAGAGGGCAGCGUCGCAGCGUCCGGCCACCCGGCGAGUUAUGCUCGCGCUGGUUUGCGCCCUGCUGCUCUGCUUCUACGCGUGCCUCCAUCGGCCGGGCCAGGCGUGCUGUCAACACAGUCCGGUCUACAGGGCAGCAGCAGAAGCAGAAGCAUCGGCAGCAGCAGCAGUGGCAUCGGCAGGAAGGGUUUCGUCAUUGUCGUUAUCAUCAGCGGCGGCGGCGGCGGCGGCCAAAGGAGCGAUAGUCAAAGGCAUAGCAGAUUUGCCAAUAUCAUCAUCAUCAUCAUCAGCGCAGGAGGACUACUCUUACUAUUACUACAACAGUGUAGGAGGCGGCAACAAGAACGACGAUGAUGAUGAAACCGGUGACGAGGGAGACAGCUCGAACAACAACAACUACGACUACAACAACAACUACUACUACAACGAGGAGGAGGAGGACCAGGGUGAUGGUGGUGAUGAUGGUGAUGGUGAUGAUGAUGUUGGUGGUGGAGGAGGAGGAGGAGGCUCCUUGGCCGAGCGCACGCGAACAAUCGUCGAGAAGAAGACGCGACCCGCUCCGAGGUCGAACUCUGUCGGACUGGUGCUACCUUGGAGGUCAAGAAGGCAGGAGCAGGAGCAGCAGCAGCAGGAGCAGCAGCAGCAGGAGGAGGAGGAGCAGGAGGCUGACAUGGGUGUCGUCCGAAUCGCGGCGGCUGAGGCUGUGGACACGGCGGCGAACGAGGAGGCGGAGCAGGAGGAGGAGGGUGGAGACGAGGUGCCGGAGGAUGACGACGACCCCAGACCGAGGGACGGCGCUCGCUCGCUCCAGCAGACGGCGCCGCGACGAGGUGGAGGUGGAGGAGGUGGUGGUGGAGGAGACGACUACCGGGGGAAGCCGUCGCCCGACGUUUCGGAGCGCGCUAACCUGUCGACGGCGAGCGGCCCCGGCGAGAGGCGCUUGCCCCAGGCCAUCAUCAUCGGCGUGAAGAAGGGGGGCACCAGGGCCCUGCUCGAGUUCCUGAGGCUCCAUCCGGACGUGCGAGCCGUGGGCUCGGAGCCCCACUUCUUCGACCGCCACUACCAGCGGGGUCUCGACUGGUACAGGUGAGCGGGGUCUCGACUGGUACAGGUGAGCGGGGUCUCGAGUGGUACAGGUGAGCGGGGUCUCGAGUGGUACAGGUGAGCGGGGUCUCGAGUGGUACAGGUGAGCGGGGUCUCGACUGGUACAGGUGAGCGGGGUCUCGAGUGGUACAGGUGAGCGGGGUCUCGAGUGGUACAGGUGAGCGGGGUCUCGACUGGUACAGGUGAGCGGGGUCUCGACUGGUACACGUGAGCGGGGUCUCGACUGGUACAGGUGAGCGGGGCCACGCGGGGAGCGGUGGCGCAGCGGUUAGCGCUACGCUGCGCCACGAACCCGGCGACCCGGGUUCGAUUCCC